UGAGCUCGAGGAAGCGUCGGUGUAGCUCUCGGCCUAUACGUGACUAUAGGGAAACGCCUGACAUCAUCUGAGUACCCUGUCCACGCCCUACAAUAUAUCAAAAUAUCAUAAAAGAGCGGAAAACAGGAAGCACCACCUCACUGCUCAGUUUGGUGGAGGAAAAAAUGAGUUAGUGAAUAUUUUGUCGUACUGGUGACUAGAGUGCAGUACCUUGCAUCCUGAGAGUGUCAUUACCACGCCCUAGAAAUUAUAGUAACGACGAAGAGAUAAAAAGGAAAAAAAAUACCCUUUUCAGUUUGAUGCUCCGGAAUGAGAGAAAGUUGAUGAACCAUUUUAUCUAAUAUUGACCAGAACCUCUCCUUACACUGCAGAGAAGCAUCACUUCGCCCUAGCAGAAACAAGAAGAAGAAAAAACAACAGACUUCCUGCUAAGUCUGCCCAUUCAAGAAGGAAAAUUAGUGUUGCUGCAGGUUUUGACGUUCUGGUGAGUAGUGCAACGCCUCACACCGCAGAUAUACCUGAUCUCACCCCCAAAGGAAUUAUAUAUCAAGAAACGUGGGGGAAAACACCGUCCUUCCCCGCCUUGCGUUCAACAAGAAAAAAUAACCCAACUCUCGGCUUACUGAUGCCCAGCGCACUGCUUUACAACCCAGGGAAUCUUCACUCCGACUUAGAGCAAAGUUAAGGGUUAAGUGUGAGGAAAAAGAGCAGCAGACAACUUUUUACUCUGCUAGAUGCUUGAAGAAGGGUAUAAUUGGUGCACAUCUUAACUUGGUGGUGACCAGAGAAUUCUUAUCACAACCUAGAGAAUCUAAUUUAAUACCAGGAAGAGAGGGAGAAAAAAUACAGACACUUUCACUCGGCUUAAAAGUCUCCUGCCUAGUGUCCAGUUUAACAUUCAGACAUUAACCGGUAGCCCCCUGAGACCCACGCCGCGUGUUGUCAUGGGGAGGUGAUGUGUUUUUGUGUGUGACUGGUGGGGAGGCCACGUUGCCCGCGCCAACCAUAGAAGCUCCAGUAUACAACCAUUCCUGACGACCGCUGCUUCCAGGCGCCGCCAACACACUGCUCCGCGUGAGUGAGCGUGUCGCCGCUGCAGCCAUGAGGGACGUGCGCCGCCUGCUGGUGGUGUGGGGCGUGCUGCUCCUCACGCUGCCCGCCCUCUGCCCCGCCGCCGACGUGGAUGGCGGGUGGAGUGACUGGUCUGAGUUGUCGUCGACGUGCACCAAGGCGUGUGACGUGGGCUCGGAAAAGAAGGUGAGGUCGUGCACCAACCCAGCGCCGCAGGGCAACGGCCGUCUGUGCGUCACGGAGGACGGCAGUGCUUCUAAAGACCCGGAGUUCAAGUUGUUCCCCUGCAACGUUCACAGCUGCUGGGACAACAGCUGGAGUGAGUGGGGCAACUGCACGGUGGAGUGUGGCCGCGGUAUUACGAAGAGAUACGCGGUGUGUGGAAACGAGAGUCUGCCGUGCGUCGACAACCAGUACAAGGAGGAGGUGAAGGCCUGCAACACCUGGAACAAGACCACAUGCCCCAGCCCGUGUGAGGCCAAGAAGUGCCCAGACAUCGCCGUGUGCCUGGACAAGUCGACGGAGACAGAUCCCGUGGCUGUGUGUGUGUGCACGAUGAGCUACAUCAUGAACGAGGCCAAGACAGCCUGCAUCCUUCCACCACCCACCUCUCCAACGCCCCGCCCCAUCCCAACCCUGCCGCCGGCGCAGAAGGUGGUGGCGACGGUGAUCUCCAAGACGGCCUCCACCAUCAUCAUCAUCUGCGUCUCCAUCUGCCUCAUCAUCUUCCUCGUCCUGCGCAUCUUCACGGAGGAUCGAAUCAUUCAGAUGAACAUGGAGAUCUCCCUCGUCCUCGCCCACGCCAUGCUCAUGUUCCCGACCUCCUUCACCGAGACGCCUGACAUGUGCCGCGUUAUCUCCAUCUUCAUCCACUACUUCUUCACGGCGUGCUUCAUGUUCAUGUUCCUGGAGGCGCUGCACAUGUACGGCUACGUGGCCUAUGUUGUGAAGCAGAACGGCAUGUGCUCGCGGGUGCAGAACACGCUGGUGGGCUGGGGCGUGGCUACCAUCAUCCUACUCUUCUGCAUCUGCUUCCAGUACGAGAACUACGGCGGGAAAUACCACUGCUGGCUACAGGCCGACACCCCGCUAUUCUACGGCCAAAUUAUCCCCAUCGUGGCCCUGGUGACGCUGACCUUCACCCUUAUCGAGGCCGCUGGAUCCGCCAACUACAAGCCCCUCAAAGGCAUUGACAAGCACCAGCGGACGAGCGCCAAGUUCUCGCAGCGCACCAACCUGAUCAUCAUGCCCUUCGUCUUCGCCCACAUGCUGGUCGGGAUAUACUCCGAGUACGAGCAGAACCUUCCCCUCUACAGCAUCUUCACCAUCCUCAACAGCGUGACCGGAUUCCUGGUGCUGUUUCUUCACUGCUUCAACAACCAGCAGGUACGUCUGAAAAUGAUCGGCAUGUACAGGUCGAUGAGUCGGGGCGGAGGCCACUAGGGGCUACAAACUGCUGGAUGGGGCGCCUCGCUAUGCUCCUUUAUGCCCUGCACGCCCGUACUCGGAUCAGGAAGAGAAGGUGCCUUAGCGAGUCGUAUUAUCAGACAUUUCGCCGCCCAAGAACACAUAUUUGACAAGGCUUUCGUAGGAGCUGUGGGCAUUUCCAGGGGUAGGUUUAUCACCCUGGUGGUAGUUUGACCCUUCUUUACCGUGAACCUGAAGAAACGCUCAUUAGAACCCGACUGACCCCCUCUUUUACCUUUAGAAAGAGAUGAUGUGGGAAGCGAAAGUAUCUUAUAAUACCGGCCUGCAUCGUGCCCUUUUGUAAUUAAGAACGACUCUUGUAGCUGUUUGGAAUCUUUAGAGCCACAUCAGAGUACUAUUAAAUUAUUUGGCAACAGUAUUCUUUGCGUAUUUGCUUUCAUGUUCCGUUGCCUUGCCGAAAGUCACUUAUCGAGCACUCUACUGAUAUAAGGCAACAGGGUGUAGGUUGAAGUGGUUCUCGGCAGUGGUGGAGCAGUGAGUGGGUCUCGACGGAACAAGACACUCGGAGUAAAGUUGGAACCCUCCCUCAAAGACCCCCAACUUUGAUUCGGCGGAUAAUACAAUGAACUGAUGAAUUGGAUGGUAUAACGCAAAUUGGAUGGCAGAAUUAACAUGGUUCCCCUCAAAUGCAGACCCCUUGUUGCUCCACUGGUUCUCUCUCAUGUUCUCGCUCCACGGUGGCAGGUGGUGUGGUGCCCAGGUCACGGUUAGCACCACAUCAGAUACUCAGCAGUCAGCACUCACGGCGGGUAUAUACAGUGUUGAGUGCGGAAACAAGUAAAUAUGAAAUAUGUUGUGCUAAAAAUUCUUGUUUAUUCAUAUUCAAUACUUUGCAGGCUUUACUACAACCAAAGAUUGUCCGCGUAAGUGACGUCCUAGUUUAUCAUUCAAAGCGUCGCUGCCUCUUGGUUACGAAUGUGUUUGUUUUAUUAUUUAUUUUACAGUCAAGUCUAGUUUUACGAAGGGCAUUCUCGCUGUUAUCCAGUGAAGGCUGAGAGGUUUUACGUUAGUUGCCGUGACGGGAUUCGCUUUCUGUUCGGCGGCAACGUUUUCUGUGCCAGUGAAUUGGGAGACUCGUGUAAUUUCCUUCGCUAGUGCAGGGAUGAGGUACUCGCAUUCGUUAUUCGUAUUUAAAUACAUUCGAAUACCGUAUUUGGUUGCCUUUGUAUUCGAAUAAUUAUUUACAUAAAUCAAAUUAUUCUCAUUCGUAUUCGACUACAAGGGGAAAGGUUUCGUAUUCUGCGAAUAAUCUGACGAAUACCUCGAAAUUCAUUAUCAGAAAAUAUUUAAUGGCAGCCGUUGUUCCUUACAAUUCCGGCCUCCUGGACGGACGUGUAAUCGUCGUGUAUAGAACAGGUUCAUGAGCUCAUUUUACUGUUGCCAUACAUAGUUACGUACUCUCAAUAAGUAUUCGUAUUUACGAGAUAUUCGAAUCAAAACCAUUUCAGUGUAUUCGAACUCGUAUUCGUUGGAAUUUGAAGUAUUCGAAUUCGUAUUUGAAUACACUACUCUUGUAUUCACUCCCUCCCUGCUAUAGUGCACGUUUAGUUAGUAAAAGCUGUUAUAUAUUUCGAAUGUGUGUGUAGAUAAACCAGUUGUAAAACGUAACUAAUAUUAAAUAACAGGACCGCAUCUAUACUGUCGACUGCUACCCCUCCCUCAGGAAAAUUCCUUACCCCUUUUAUGGGGUCAAGUUGCUGGUUUAGUGGCCCUUACCGGCUGUUUUGUGAGGGGUUGUGUACUAUCUUUUAGGUUCGUUAAGCAGUCGGGAUCAUGUUAUUUUCUUUAUGUUGCGGUCCUGUUAUCUCAAACUACCAAGUUAACACUCGAAAGUCGAACCAACCAGUCUCUUCAAGCAAUAUAAAUUUUCGAGCAGCCAAACUUUUAAUGUUACAUUUAAAACACUAAGUAAAACAAAGUUGUUUUUAGGCAGCUUGAGAAUUUGUUUAUAGCCCGUUAUCUGUCCUCCUCCCCGCUCCUCCCCCUCCCUUGUUUGCUAAGAAUUCAUUGGUGGUCACAGUGCGAGGCGGGGCACAGACACAGCGGAAAGCUGUUUGUGGCCUUUACAAGAAUACAAAGCUUCAUCUAUGUAAUGUCGAGAAAGAGUGCUUCAUUUCUAAUAUCAGGUUGGUUCGACUUUUGAGUCAUUAUUACAAAUGUAUAUGCAGUGUAUGAAAUAUUACUAAUAUAUUUAAAAGAAAAAAAAACUUUGAUGUGUGAAGUAGCGAUGCACGGCCAUAGCGGUGUUUGCUAUGGUGUUUGGGCGGUGUGUGUUUGUGAUCGUGUCGGCCGUGUUCCAAGCUCUCCUUCACCAAGAGAAGUAAGUUCUUACCGUGUCAGAAACCAGCAUUAACGUCUAUAAAUAGUUUUUCACCUCCGUUAAAUUCCAAUUACUUUUAUUCUUGGCCCCCUUAGGCGUCAUACUACUGCUGAUAGAAAGUUUUUAUUGAAUGUCGUCUUCAACCCGUAAAAGUGGUUCCCAGAAAGCUGUCUUACAGGUCACUGGGUCUGGGAAACAGAUAUUCUUAGAACUAUGUCCAGGGAUCGGCCUGUGAAGGGAGGGCUUGUAACGCCGGCCUGUGUGUGUGUGUGUGGCACCAGAGUGAUGCACACCCGUAUUGUUGUGUUGGUCCUUACAAGUAAAGAUGACGCCAACGGUGCCUUAUGUGUGCCUGGAGAGAGAGAGAGAGAGAGAGAGAGAGAGAGAGAGAGAGAGAGAGAGAGAGAGAGAGUGUGUGUGUGUGUGUGUGUGUGUGUGUGUGUGUGUGUGUGUGUGUGUGUGUGUGUGUGUGUGUGUGUGUGUGUGUGUGUGUGUGUGUGUGUGUGUGUGUGUGUGUGUGUGUGUGUGUGUAGCUUCUUCUUCAGUUUGCCGUGGACAUGCACUACGAAUAUUAAAACACAAACUAUUUCAACGACGAGUUCAAAAUAAUGUAUCACGUCAUAUUUUAGUGUAUACAUAGUGGAAAAAAGAUUCCUAUAUUUGUGAGGUAUAGCAUGUGAUAGUAACUUUAAGGCGUGAGUAAG